AUGGCCAAGAAGAAGCGCCAGAGGAUCAGCUAUGUACUGCCUCUGGCUAGUACACCGGGUGGCCAUAGACUCGGGGUGAACGGGUUAGCAUUCGAUGAUGACCGUUCCAUACUAUACACAGGCGGCAGAGAUGGCGUCAUAUGCGCAUGGGAUCUGGACCUGGAGGCGCAGAGGGUGAAUCAACAAGAGGCGGGCGCAGCAAAGCACAAGAAAAGCACUGUGUCAUUCCGCAAGCAGGUGCAGGCGCAUACCCACUGGGUCAAUGAUAUUGUCCUGGUCAAGAACAACCUUGGACUAGUUUCUGCCUCAUCCGAUGUCACUGUCAAACUAUGGAGGCCUCACGCUCACGAAUCAUCCCAAGCGUACACCAUCGGCUCCCAUAGUGACUAUAUCAAAUGCCUCGCAACACCUGAUCGAACUGCCAAUUGGGUUGCCUCCGGAGGCCUGGACCACAGGAUUUGUCUCUGGGACUUAAAUGGGGGUGGCAAAAAUCUUGAAAUCAACUUGGGAAAAGUAGAGGACGUGGUCAAGGGAUCAGUGUACUGCCUACGCGCGAGAGGCUCUCUCCUUGCUAGCGGAGGGCCCGAGAGUGUCGUUCGACUGUGGGAUAUCAAGUCCGGCAAAGGUAUAACUAAGCUUGUUGGACAUACAGACAACGUCAGGGACAUCCUGAUCAGCGACGAUGGUGAUACACUGCUUACUGCCUCCUCCGACCAGACGAUCAAGGUCUGGUCUAUUGCGGCUGGUCGAUGCAUUCACACCCUGACCAUGCACAAUGACAGCGUGUGGUGCAUGUACUCGGACGAUCCUAAUCUGGCUGUCUUUUAUUCGGGAGAUAAGUCAGGUCUGGUGGCCAAGACUGAUACUCGACGUGCAAUGGAAAUUGAUGAUGGGGUGUCAGUCGCUGUGUGUCAAGAACACGAUGGUAUUGCUCGGGUGCUUCCUGUCGGGGACUCUGUCUGGACUGCAACCUCGAGCUCAAGCGUCAAUCGCUGGCUCGAUGUCGAUACCGAGCUCGAGGUUGAAACACCUCCUGCAUCCCCUCGCGAAGAAAGGACCGCGAGCCCAGAGGCGAGAAGUCACUUAAGCCCUGAGCCUCGGGCGUCUUCGCCUCUACCAACUACGAACGGCACCACCAAUGACACCACAAACGGUGAAGUCGACCAGAAAAAGAGAAUCCCUCACAAUGCCAUUCUCCGCGUGUCAAACACAGCUCUUCAUCCAGGUAGGAAGCACCUGGGAAGACACCCGAAUGUGUCGGCGACAAAUUUGAGGAAGGCUUCGGAGGCCAUGAUCACCGAUGAUUUGAGUCUGGUCGUCCCUAUCAGGGGCCAACCUGCUGAGACUAUCGAGGGUCAAAAUGGACUCAUCAAACAUGUGAUGCUGAACGACAGGAAAAGGAUACUCACAUUGGAUACAGCGGGCGAGGUAGUAUUGUGGGAUCUUCUCAAGUGCAUUCCCAUCAAGUCCUUUGGCCGUCGUCAUCUCGAUGAAGUUGUCCCCGAUGUCAAUACAACUGAAAGUGUUGCAAAUUGGUGUGGCGUGGAUACGAAGACUGGAAAGAUUACAGUUAUGCUCGAGGAGAAUUACUGCUUUGAUGCUGAAGUAUACGCAGAUGAGCUGGACUUGCCCAGCGAUCUUGCCUUUCGCGAGGAUCAGAGAAUCAAUCUCGGCAAAUGGGUACUACGUAACCUGUUCUCGAAGCUCAUUGACGAAGAAGUUGCUCGAGAUGAAGCCUAUAGGCGCACACUUCAAAGCUCUGUCAGUGCUCCUCCUCCUACCGGUCUGGUUCGACCUGGUGCACCAACCAGCAUCAAAUUGCCAGAAUCUGUUGGCGCGACGCCCUUGGUGUCGCCCGGGACAGUUGUGACGCCUCGUGCAUCGAAUGGCCACUCGAUGGUGCCCGCAACUCCUGGGUUGGCCAUUGGCGCCGCUACACCAGGCUUUGCGCCAUUGACCGCUACGCUUCCUCCCACCGCAGAAGAAGAGCCCACACGCACUCCCAACGGGGCUCCUUCGCGGUCAUCUCUAGGGCAAACCCCGCGAGUGCAAACCCCUCAUGUGCAACCAACGCCAUCGGCGACGGAAUCCCAGAAUGUCGACUAUUUCUCUUCCACUACGGCUACGGGAAAUAGUCAAUCUGAGGCGUCUUCGGAAAGCGAAAAGGUUCCCAAAACACCUGGAGGUGGCCCGGCAACGACAGAAAGUAACGCUCACGGUCUGGUCUCGACACCCACAUCACCUACCGAGGAGAAGAAAAAGGGCCUCUUUGGCAAGAAGUUCGGCAUGGGCAUGUCCUUUCCCAAGAAGAUGACCAGCCGCUCGUCUGCAGAAGUGAAGGCGCCUGUUGCAUCGACAGAGGAGAGGUCUUCUGACACAGCCUCCGUCAGGUCUUCAGAGAAAGAUGUCGAGAAGGUCAACAUAGAAGACAACUUUUUCGGUGUCGUCCAGAAGAUACGUCUAGAGUAUGAUGAGCAUCUCGAGUCCAAAACGGAUCAACCGCUGCCACCAGGCAUCACUCCUCCGCCGCCAACAGAAACACCGGUGCUGCAUCCGCCACCGCACACCACCAUUAUUAUCCAGGAGGAUAACCCCGAAAGUGGCGGAUUAGCAGACCAAUAUAGGGGUGAGAUCAGUGAGUUGGGAAAUCCUGCGGAGGUGGACACACUUGAAAAGAUUGCUCCGAUGUGGUUGGGAGACUUGUUACUCCGGAACCAAAUCCCUUACAAGGACACCGUCAAGGUUUCUUUUGUCCUGCACCCCUAUGAGAAUUUGCUUCCACCUAUCGCUUCACCCGAUGGCAAUGCUCGGCUCAACGCGAAUCGCAUGCUCCGCGCGAAGAAGAUCAUGGCGUACAUCGCGGAAAGAAUUGAGGCUCCUCCAGUCCAACAACAAGCUCCUCCUAGCGAGACAGCAGCAGAAGGCGAGCAGUCCACCGAGACCGAACAUUUGGAUGUACCUCCUCACGCCGCCGUCGAACCAGAAGAGAGCCCAGAAUCUCAGCUGAAGCCCGAGGAGUACCUGGAACUCUACUGCCAGAACCAACUGGUGCACCCCAACACCACCCUCGCCACGCUCCGCGUGCACGUGUGGCGCACGGGCGGCGACGUGGUUCUGUACUAUAAAAGCAACGGCAGGAAGCAGUUGAGGUUGCCUCAUCCUUCACAGGUACCCACGGACGUAGAGAGCGAGGAGACUACGGGUGUAGUGCGGUAG